AUGCUAGCUAAUUUAAUAAGUUUUGGUUGUAUCGACAAUGGAAAGAUUAAAUCCAGAUAUGAGCCAAAGGCAGAAGAGGAAAAUAUUGUGUGUGUCAAAGGUUUUUGUAUAGCACUGCAACUCAAUAUAAUAUUAAUUAAUAAUACAGAAAUUGUCACAUCGCUUUUAAGUAGAGGUGCUAGUGUUGAUGUUAAAGGAGAAAGUUACUACUUUGAAAGUAGUAUGACCCCUCUGCAUAUUUGUGCUUCGAAAGCGAAAAAAAAUUUCAAUAUACAUAUUGCCAAAGAUCUUCUAAACUAUGAUGGUGCUUCUAUCAAUUCAUUAACAUCGAAAGGAUAUACGCCACUUUAUUUUGCUUCUAAACGAGGUAUUGUAGAAGCUGUGAAAUUAUUCCUGGAUUGGGGUGCUGAUAUUAAUGCUAGCACAAAGGAUAAUUUAAGCCCACUUCAUGUUGCUAUUGAGAAUGGACAUAAAACAGUUAUAAAACUGCUCUUAGAAUGUGGAACUAUAGUUUACAAUCAGGACACUGAUAGAUCCGCACUACACUUUGCUGUUGAAAUAGGUUCUUUGUUGAUUGUUGAAGAGGUUUUGAAGUAUUGUCCUGAUGUCAAUAAUGCAAACUUUUCUUUCAAUAAUAAAGAGCCUGAUAGUAACGUUAAGGGAGAAAUCGCCAAACUGCUUCUAAGUAAAGGCGCCCAUGUAGACGUUCAAACUGAAUAUGGUAAAACAACACUUCUUUCUUCCACUAAAAAAGGAUAUGCAAAAGUUGUUGAAGUUCUUUUGGAAUACAAUGCAAAUGUUAACUUGGCCCUGAAAAGUGGCUUCACUCCACUUCAUAUAUCUGCCCAGGAAGGAAAUCUAGAAAUUAGCACAAUGAUUUUGAAUAAAGGAGCCAAUGUAAAUGCUGCAGGAAAAAAUGGAAUCACUGCACUGCACCUUGCAGCUCAAAACGGCCAUGCAGGAGUUGUAAAACUAUUGCUAGAAUGCAAUGCCAAAUUUGAUUCUGAAUUUCAAUUUCACAACGCACCACUUCUUUUGGAAACUGAGAAAUUAUUCCUGGAUUGGGGUGCUGAUAUUAAUACUAGCACAAAGGAUAAUUUAAGCCCACUUCAUGUUGCUAUUGAGAAUGGACAUAAAACAGUUAUAAAACUGCUCUUAGAAUGUGGAGCUAUAGUUUACAAUCAGGACACUGACAGAUCCGUACUACAACUUGCUGUUGGAAUAGGUUCUUUGUUGAUUGUUGAAGAGGUUUUGAAGUAUUGUCCUGAUAUCAAUAAUGCAACUAACAGAAACUCUCUUGAAAUCGCGGUGCGCGGCUGUAGAGGAAAAGGCUACGGAGCUAAACUAAAUACUCAAGACGAAACUGGAAAAACGCCAAUAUUUUAUGCUACUAAAAAUGUUGAUUUAAAAAUGAUCGAGCUACUUUUAACUAAUGGAGCUAUUGUUGAAGAUGAUCCUGAGCUAUUGUAUAUUGCUGUUAGGAAAGAAUACAAAGAAAUCGUUGAAGCUCUUCUGCAACAUGAUGCUGAUAUAAAUGCUUGUGAUAACUACGGAAGAACAGCAUUGCAUUUUACUGCUUCGGAUCAGCAUGAAUAUUUCCGAGUCCGAGAUUAUUUCCCCUCUCUAUGUUCUGAUAAUUUUUCAGUCUUUUCUUUCAAUAAUAAAGAGCCUGAUAGUAAUAUUAAGGGAGAAAUCGCCAAACUGCUUCUAAGUAAAGGCGCCCAUGUAGACGUUCAAACUAAAUAUGUUAAAACAACACUUCUUUCUUCCACUAAAAAAUGA